AUGUAUAGUUAUUGUUUAGUUUUGUUUUUAGCUCCUGCAUCAAAAGAAUUUUCAUUAAAAAAAGUUGCCUUUGGUCAAACACCAAUAGUUACUAAUGAAUCAUUUCAAAUAUUACCCUUAUUAUUACCAUCUGAAUCUCAUUUAGUUGAUGAUAACGUAAACUUACAUACACGUACUCAAGGUCAACAAGGAUCUGAUCAUGAUUUAUUAAGUUCAGAUGAUGACGAACAUGAAAAUUUUGACUUACAAUUACACGAUGACGAAGAUGAUUCGCAACAUGAUGUAUCAUUAAAUUUUAUACCAUUACCAUUAUCUACAAAUUCAAAAAAACGUAUGUCAAAGCAACAACAAAAAUACCAAUUGCCAAAUGUUUACAUUCCAGUCGUUCUUGAAAAUGAUAAUGAAAAUUCAAAUGUCAAGGAUACUGAUUCUACUGAUCUUGAACCAACAUAUACCAGAAGUGAUGGUGUUGUCAUUGAAUUAUUGAAAACAUAUGGAACAAAAGAAAAUACAGUCAAAUAUGCUUUAAAAUUAAUAGAUUUACUAUUUAUUGAUAAACAAGAAUUACGAAAUGUUGAUUCUAGAAAAAUUGAUGAAGACCCACGAAUUCAAGCAAUAUAUGGUACAUAA